UAAAAAACAACAACAACUCUGCUUGGAAUUGUAAUGGUUUAACGAAAUGGAGGUGAUCGAGACGAUUGUGAUUCAAAGCGCUGACGUGGACGGGAAGGAGACGGUCGUGUCCGGUGUGGACGCCGAUAAAAGCAAAGCAGAGUUUAUAUGGACACUGCAGGCUACAUGGCACCUCGUCAACGUCCGGCUUGAAAUGGAUCAGGCUUUCGACCAGCCAGUAUGCAAGAAGAAGAAACUUUGGGAGAUGGUGGCGGAGAAAGUGAACGCCAAGCUGAGGGAGUCAGAGGUCACUGAUGUCACCGUGAAGGCAUACGAGUGUGACCUCAAGUGGAGGAACAUGCUGGCCACUUACAGGAAGAACAGUGAGAGGGCGAAGAGGCUCGGGGCGGCCAGUGUCCACUGGGAGUUCUUCAAGGCCAUGCACGAGGUCCUGGGUAAGAGCAGAGAGGAGAUCGAAGCCCAGCGAAGGGCUAAGCUCAGCGGGACGAGAGUGGGCAAAGCCAUAGCCAGCAAGAAGUUUACCCCUAUCCUCCCUACACCUCCUGCUACAGCUGCUCCCUGCUCCGCCCGGCCUCCACAGGACGUCCUACAGCUGUACAUGGAGCUGCAAGAGAGGAAGAUGAACAUGUGGGCCCAGCAGAAAGCUCUGGAGGAGAGGAAGAUAGAGGCCAUUAACAACCUGGCCCAGGCCAUCUCUAGCCUGGCUCAGAAGAACAGCACAGUGAUACCAAAAGAUGGACAUUAGGUCAGGAGAGGCUUCUUACCAAAAACUUUUAUCAUGCUGCAGGAGGAGUGUUUGAGUUUGUCAUAUAUGUUUUUAGAUUUGGUCAGUUUGGCACACGGUUAGAGUUUUAAGAACAGUUUGAAUUCUGUAGAGGUGCCAGCUUUUGUUUGUACUAUAAGCAGACUUCACACGCCUGUCCCAAUGUAUCUAAUCAUCUAUUAUUUUUAUAUCUAAAUAGAAGAGUGAAUUAUGAUUGGCUGAUGUGGGAGUGUAAGAAAACAAAAAAAAAAAGACUCAUAAAUAAGAUUAAUACAGACAUCCUCCCUACCAAUUAUUAAUAUCAACAGCCUAUGCAAGAGUAUUAUUUUUUUACAAGCUGAUGAUUAUGAUCAUUUGUCAAGAGAAGUCACAGAAAGACUAAAACUUCAUAUUUUUCAGUAAAAACAAACACAUUUAUACCAAUAAUUAUUA